AUGCUGGGUCGACUCAAAAUGAACGUUGAAGACUGUCUGAAGGUCUACGAAGAUCUUAUGGGAACCAUAUUUGGGACUAAGGCUCACUAUUUGCCUAUCUCAGCGUCCGCGAAUGUCCAUGCACGGUACGAUCCAAAGCGAGUCAAGCAGGCUAUAGAGGAAGUGCUCCGCAAACACGGUCUUCCGGAAGAUUGUCCGCUCCAUGAUGAAUUAGAUCAGAGAUGUAGAGUCUUUGUGUGUUGCGUCGCCAAGGGCACUACGACGGCUGAGCGAAUCCGUAGCUACGACCAGAAGCUACAUCGCAACAUUUCCGCAACAAUCUCGCAAGCUGCUUUGGCCACCUCGGCUGCAACAAGUUACUUUCCACAUGUCACGAUUGGGCCCAGUGAGUACGUAGAUGGGGCUUUGCUCGUGAAUAAUCCUGUUACAGAGGUAGAGUCAGAGGCACAGGGCCUCUGGGGCUCCGACCAGGCCGAAUUGAAAUCUCUUGUCAAGUGCUUUCUUUCAAUUGGGACUGGCACCCCAGCGAAAAAGGCCGUGGCGGACAACUUAUUCAAAUUGGCGGGUAGCAUGAAGGAUAUUGUGACAGAUACAGAAGCAACAAAUCAAAAGUUUCAAGAUAGAUGGCGGGGGAAGCUGAAUGAGAGACGAUUGUUCCGCUUCGAUGUAGCUCGAGGACUACAGGAUAUUGACCUGGCCGACUAUACGAAGCAGGGUACCAUCGUGGAACUUACGGAGGAGUAUAUGGAUGAGGCAGACGCACAGAUCAAGCUCCAAGCUUGUACAGAGAACCUUAUGGGAAAAGAAUGUAAGUGCAACAAGCCAUUCCUACGCAACAGAUGUUUGAAAUGGGAGCAGUGUCUCAUGAGCACUGACAAUGCGGCCAGUGCAAGGUACUCCCUUACAAUUUCGCGAAACAGUCAUAGUAAGAUUCAUGAAAAGAUCUUCGCGAUUCUUGCUAAGAAGGCACAGUCAUACACACUUCGAGAAGUGCAGGGUAGUUAUGAUCUUAAAGAACUGCGUGAAUGCAGAGCUGUGCUUCGCGUUACCAAUGUCGAAAAAGAUAGAGAGGACUUGAGAGCUAAAAAGGGCACCAGAGUGCCCGGAACUUGCGAGUGGAUCAUAAAAGAUACGCUGUAUCAGGAGUGGCAGGGAUCAGGUCCUGAUGCGCUCUGGAUUACAGCAGACCCCGGUCGAGGAAAGACAAUGCUUUCGCUAUUCAUUCUCGAGCAUAUUGAAAGAUCUGUCGGACAAUCGAUUAACUCUCCUGACUCUACGGUACAAGAUCAAGAUGAAAAGGAGAUUGAUCUGUAUUACUUCUUCUGCAGUAGCGAGGAGGGCAGUCGCCGAAGCGCUUUGUCGGUUUUCAGGAAUCUGAUAAGUCAAAUUGUCAGUAAACACCAAGAUCUCAUGAAGCACGUGUUAGAUUAUCUUAGUAACAAUCGACCAAUACACCAUGUGGACAAUCAGCCGGAAAAUGGAAGCCGACAGAAAUCUAAGAAUGAGGAAAAGAAAGAUCAGCCUUCUCGAGCCGCAAACAUUCAGACUUCAACCGAGCAAAGAUUCCCUGCGCAAACCAAAUUUGUGAAAAGCCUUCUUCGUUCGGCCGGCAAGCCUGAGAAUGACAGCGAGCCGCACAUUGAAGCGCAGACGCACAAGCAGUCGGGUGAUAGAUCGACAAACAAGUCACGUUUCCUGCAUAGCAUGUUGGGUAAGACUGGCAAAGUGGAACAAGGUAACGAUGAUUCCGAAGAUCAGCAAGAGACACGUCGAGGAAGUGCUUCAGGUAGCUCUGUCGAGACUCCCGAGCGAGAUUCACCAAAAUCUCGUCAGCUCGAGCUGCUUGAUGUCAGUGAACUCUCGUUCAUUCUGAGAAAGCUAAUCCGAGAGCUGCCGGUUGAUAAGGCAUAUUUCCUCCUGGACGGUGUCGAUGAAUGUCUUGAAGAAGACCAUGAAGUUCUCACAUUAACCUUGCUCAAGCUGUGGGAUGUUGAGCCUGGAAAAUUCAAGAUUCUCUUCGUCAGUCGAUUCAUUGGCGGAAUGGGUGCAACACCAACCAUCAGGCUGAAAGACACCGAGCAGACGAAAGGUGACAUUGAAAAGUUUGUUGCGAGGAGUGUUGAAGAGCUUGGAUACGUCAAGGGUCUCGAUACAAUCCAAGGAGAGGUAGAACAAAAGCUCUCCGACGGUGCAGAAGGAACAUUCUUGUGGGUCAGCCUUGUGAUACGCGAGCUCAAGAAGAAAAAGACUUGCACGGAAAUCCUAGAUGCAAUCAGGGAUGUCCCACCGGGUCUUGAUGACAUGUACAAAGACAUGCUGCGUCACAUCGAGCCAAAACACCAACGAAAUGUAUACCAAAUUCUUCGUUGGGUCGUCGCAGCUGUCCGACCUCUCACUUUGCAAGAGCUUUCUGAGGUGAUUGGGACCCAGCCAUCGGAGUCAGUGUCAGAACAAUCUGUGCUCGACAGUGUAACCACAACUGAAGGUCUCUUAAAGGUUUCGGGUAACGAGGUGACACUUAUUCAUUCCUCAGCCAGAGACUUCCUGGUCAAUUUUGACACUAGUAACGUCGAAGCUUUGAAACGAGCCCCUGAAGAGAUUGAGGCCCUUCAUUGUGAAAUCGCUCAGUAUUGCUAUGAAGUCAUUUUGCGAAGCAAUCUCAGACGGUCCGAGAUCAAAAUCAGCGAGCGCCCCGACACAGCAGAGCCUAAAAUGCUCAAGUACGCGAUCAAAUACUGGAUGGAACAUGUGAAACUUUCUAAUUGGGCUGAAGAUAAUUUCAAUCCGAAUGAUGAAUUUUUCCAAAAAGACUCGAAGCUGCGCAAGAAUUGGUGGACCGCUCACUUGGAAGAUUCACAGAAUGACGACCCUAAAAGUUUCAACGUCGCAUCUUUCUUACACCUGGCCGCCUAUUUUGGAAUAGUACCAUGGAUCAAACCAGCGUUUGAUGGCAAAGGCUGGAUCUCAAAUAAGGCAACGAUGCUGAUGGAGCUGGAUCAUUAUUGGAGGACACCUCUCCAUAUCGCAGUAGAGCAAGGUCAUGGGCCUGUCGUAUCACUUCUGCUUGAUCAAGGGGUGAACAUCGAAAAACGAGAGGCUAGUCUUUUUGCCACACCGUUACAUCUGGCGGCGCGGAAUGGCCAUAAGAACAUCUGCGAGAUCUUGCUCGAACACAAAGCAAAAAUAAACGCGCGUAAUCGUUUCGACUCUACUCCGCUGACAGAAGCAGCUCGAGGAGGCCAUAUCAACGUUGUCGAACUCCUAGUAAGACGAGGCGCUGACAUCAAUGGUUCCAUAGACAAAACGCGAAAGUCUCUACACCGACAGAUAUCCAAUCUGCCAGGUUAUACCGAACGAGCACUUGGACGGAUCGAGGCUCUUGAAUAUGCCGAACGAUCAACGCCAAUGAUUGAAGCGGCUCGCCAGAACCAUGCUAAAAUUAUCAGAUAUUUGAGUGCAAACGGCGCGAAUGUGGAAGCGAAGACCCUGGCAGGAUACAACGCUCUACAUAUUGCGGCCUAUCAUGGUCAAGUCAAAGCGCUAGAUGCAUUGGUCGAUGUUGGCGCUCUUUUGGAGGCUAAAGAUGAUCAUACUCAUACACCGUUGUUCAUGGCAUCAUGGCAAAACCACCCAGAUGCUGUGAGGUGGUUACUAGACCAUCAGGCCGACAGUGAGGCCGCCACAAGCUGGGGGUUCACCCCUCUCCUUGUUGCAUCCGUGAAUGGGUACGUGGAGCCAAUGAAGAUCUUACUCGGUGCCCAGGCGAAGCAUGAGGCCAAAGAUGAAAAUGGAUAUACCUCUCUGUCUGUUGCGGCUAAGAAUGGCAAAGUGGCUGCAGUGCAGCUCUUGAUAGAUUCUGGCGCUGAAGUCAAUACCGAGGAUAACGUGGGAAACAUACCAUUGUCGCGCGCGAUACAUGAAAACCUCACGGACGAGCAUAUAGAGGUGAUUCAAUUGCUUUUGAAACAUGGCGCAAAGGUGAACCAUGAGGACAAGAACGGUCUCACACCAUUGAUGAAAGCAGCACAGCUGAGCAACGGAGAUGCAGCAAGCGUUUUGCAGCAUCUCCUAGAGGCUGGUGCGACUCUUGAUGCAACAGACAAGAGAGGACAAACAGCAUUUAUGCAUGGCUUCAAGUGGGGUUCGAACAAAACCCAAGAGUUCUUAAUGAGUAAAGGCGCGGUCAUCAAUGCAAGAGACAAUCUGGGCGACGAUGCACUGAUCAUUGCUGCUGGUUUCUCGAAUCCCAGCGCUGUUACCUUAUUACUCGAGCAUGGGGCCGAUAUCAAAACCCGUAACACCUUAGGUAUAACGCCACUGAUAAAGGCAGCCAGCUGUGGCUUGUAUACCACAGUUGAGCUGUUGCUAGAUCGCGGCGCAGACAUCGCGGUACUAGACGAAGAAGGCAAAUCAGCAAUCGAUCAUGCUGCAGCGAGAGAGCGAGGAAAUGUCAUGAAGAUCUUGAAAGCUAGAGGAGCUAGUCGCGAGAACCUGAGAAUCCAAGACCGUGCUUUCGUCGGCCUGUCGACUGUGGAAGUCUACCGGCCUGUGGAAGAUUGUAGGAUCAGUGAGCGCGAAUGGGAGAAUCGGGAGUUGAACAGAUUAGCGACAUCCUCACUCGGUGAGGAGAGUGGCGAUCAGAGUGCGAAGGAUCAAAGUGCGCGUGAAGAGCCAGCAGAUCUCACCGAGAAUUCUGGCUUGAGCACGAAUGUCGCCAAAGAAGGCGAGUUAUAA